UGUAUCUGGAAGCGAAAAGAAGAUAGUAUCACUCUUGAUUCCUUCAGAAGAAACUGACAAAAAUGAUCUUGUCAUAGAAGUGACUGCUGGAGUUGGAGGGCUGGAAGCAAUGUUGUUCACUGCUGAGAUGUUUGAUAUGUAUCAACAGUAUGCAGCAUAUAAAAAUUGGACUUUUGAAAUUCUGGCAUAUGCUUCCAGUAUUAUAGGUGGUGUGAGACAUGCAUCUGCCAGUAUAAAAGGCUGUGAAGCAUAUGGACAAAUGAAGUUUGAAGGAGGAGUACAUCGUGUUCAGCGAGUGCCAAAGACGGAGAAGCAAGGUCGUAUUCAUACCAGCACAAUGACUGUAGCAAUAUUACCACAACCAAAUGAGAUAACUCUGACAAUUAAUCCUAAAGACUUAUGUAUUGAAACUAAAAGAGCUAGUGGAGCUGGUGGCCAGCAUGUGAAUACUACUGAUAGCGCCGUGCGGAUAGUCCAUAUUCCCUCAGGUGUGGUAUCUGAAUGUCAACAAGAAAGAUCUCAAAUAAAAAAUAAAGAAAAAGCUAUGGAGCUCCUUCACGCUAAACUAUAUAGUAUCAAACUUGAAGAACAAACAAUGAAGAUAGAUACUGCCAGAAAGAUUCAGAUUGGGACCAAAGGAAGAUCAGAGAAAAUCAGAACUUACAAUUUUCCCCAGGAUCGAGUUACUGACCAUAGAAUAGGCAAGUCAGUACAUCACAUCGAAAGAUUCAUGCUGGGGGAAGAACUGCUAGAUGAAAUGAUACAGUCACUAAGAAAAUACAGUGAAUAUGAGGUGUUAAUGGAAGUUAUUUCAGAAAAUGAUGCAAUCAGAACAAAAUGAUCUUCAUUACAUCCUAGACUGUAGGUAUGAAAGUGCUUUCCAAACUAAGUUUGCUGUAUAUCUAUUUGCUUGCACCCACAUGAUUUGGAAUCUUCUGUCUGUCUGUCUAUCUAUACAUUAAUUUUGGUGCUGCUCAACACCAAAACAAAAAAUAUUGAUCACCUCUAACAAUGGGGUUGAAUGCACCCUACCCCAAGGCCUGGGAGAACAGCCAGGUGUUUAAAGCCUUCCUAAACACCAUCACGGUAGAAGCUGUCCAUAUCUCAGGGGGACCUCAUUCCAGAGGACAGGUGCCACAACAGCGAAGGUAUGCUUCCUGGGUCCCGAAAGAUGACAUUGUUUGAUCAAAGGGACCUGGAGAGUGCCCACUUUGUUGGUACUUACUGGCUGGACAGAAACCACAGGAAAUAAGCAGUCCCUCACAUAACCAGGCCCCAUACCACGUAGGGCUUUAUAGGUGAAACCAGCACUUUGAAUUGCAUCCAGAAGCCUACUGGCAACCAGUGCAGCUCAGGAAACAGGGAAGUCAAGUGGGCAUGCCAAGGCUAACAGCAUGCUGAGGCUAAAUGGUUAAGCUGGCAUGCUUUCUAAUUUGUUUUUGAAGGAUUUUUAUUUAUUUAUUAAAUUGAUAUAUGGCACAACUGCCAGUGACUCUGGGUGGCGUGAAAGUAUAUUGCUGUUGUAAAAAGCAUUAAUGCUUCAGGUAGAAACUGGUAAAUAAAUUUAAUUAUUUAUUUAUUCAAUUUAUAUGGCCGCCCAUCUCAACAAGCGACUCUGGGUGGCAAACAGAA